GUGUCGCACUUCCCUUGGAGCCCCACUUCCUUAUUUUUUUAAAAUCCUCCCACGCUUAGCCGCCUUUCUUGUUGGCUCUCUCUUUCUCCCCCUCUCUUCCAGCUCAUGAUAUUUUCCGCUUCAACCCAUUUUCAACUAUUUGGGCCCAGAAAUAGCGUUCCUCAGAUCUUUUUCAUAUCAGCUUUAAUUCCUUGGUGUUGAGUGGGGAUUUUGCUUGUUUUAUCGUGUGAAUUCGAGGUUUUGGUGAACUAGGUGUGGCUUGUUGUUGUGGAAUUUGAUAAUUCUUGACGUGGUUUGGAUUCCUAGCUGUGGUAGUUACUGGUUGCUUUGGGUUUUAUUCUUUCCUGGUUCAAUUGGGUGAAUUGGGUGUUCAGGGGAUAGCUUGAAUUUUGGGGGGACUAUGAAGAAUUGAAUUCACUGAGUGCGUUGAAGAACGUUGCUGUCUAGACAACGUCGCAGGCGUGAAAUUCAAUUAUUAAGCUCUUUUAUUAUUCCAUUAUCAGAAUUUCAAUUGCGGGUUCCUCUAUGCUCGUUGGGUUCCAGAGGGCUUUAUUUGUUCUUGGCGGCCAUUGCGAGAAAUUAAAACCUCCUUUCGUGUGGCAAUUCGCGGUUUUGUCUUCGAUCGCCUGUUAAAUUAGUUGGGCUUAUUUCCCUUGUUCAGUUUGGUGAAUUGGCCUAAAAAUUGGUUUCAGCUGACUAUCUUUCUGAUAUCAACUUACUUACCUUAUUCUUUUUUAAUGUCAUGAAUAUGUGAAACCGAAAGUUACUGGGGUUUGAAGUUUUAGCUGAUAAAAAUUCUUCAAGGCUUAAGUUUGGACUUUUCAACUCUUAUAUUCUUCCUGAUCAGGAGUCUCCUGCUCAUUCUGGGUAAUUCUACGUAUCAACAACCAUAUUGCUUCCUGGUUGUCAGCUGACAGAGAAAUGCUUUUACUAUUUAUUAGUACUCUAAAGUGCAAAAGGAUAACAAUAUCUAGUUAAGUAUGGCUAUCCCCGCAUUAUUCUUGACGCUAUUGCUGCAACUGCCUAGCAUUUUCGCGGCUGGUUCUUUCUUACAGUCAACUGAUUGUGGUCCUAAUUGGGUAGCUUACUCAUAUUCUCCUGGCGAGGAACUUUACUACAUGAACGAUAAUAUAGUGGACAGAGUUACCUUCUGCAAGACCCUCCAACUGUAUAUUGCCAAUGGUUGUGAUUUGAAGGACUACUUUGAAAGUGGCAACUGUGCCUUGGAUGUUGUUACAGUUAAUUUGCCUUCAAAGGCAGGAAGAAAACUUCUGCAGAAGGAUUUAAACAAUAAUUCCACAUCUCAAUCCCGCCAAAAUGUUUCCAAGAAUGUGUCAGUGCCUCAUGUUGGUAUAGUAGCAGGUGGAGCUUUCUUAGUAUGUUGUGCAGCUAUCUGUCCUUGUAUCUAUGGGAGAAGACGAAAAGCCACUACUCAUGCUGAUUUGACCAAGGACACGCAUUCAGUUGAUUCGGCUUCCCCCUUUGAAGUAAAUGCUAUGUCUGAAAAGGUGCCUGCGAGUCCACUUCGUGCGCCACCUAGUCCUUUAAGAUUCUCAUUGUCCCCAAAACUAACUAGAAUUGGGUCACUACAUCUUAACUUGAGUCAAAUUGUAAGAGCUACGCAUAAUUUCUCAGAUAAUUUUCAAAUAGGAGAAGGUGGUUUUGGAACUGUCUACAGGGCUCAGCUUGAGGAUGGAUUGGUUGUGGCUGUGAAACGUGCCAAAAGGGAACUUUUUGAGGCUUUGAGAACUGAAUUCAGCAGUGAGGUUGAAAUCCUGGCCAAAAUUGAUCAUCGAAACUUGGUGAAGCUACUAGGUUAUAUUGACAAAGGAAAUGAACGCCUUCUUAUUACUGAGUAUGUGGCAAAUGGUUCUCUUAGAGAACAUUUGGAUGGUCUACGUGGAAAUAUCCUAGAUUUCAAUCAGCGCCUUGAAAUUGCUAUUGAUGUUGCUCAUGGCCUGACCUAUCUGCAUACAUAUGCAGAAAAGCAGAUUAUCCAUCGGGAUGUGAAAUCAUCCAACAUUCUUCUGACUGAAAGCAUGAGAGCCAAAGUUGCUGAUUUUGGAUUUGCGAAGCUUGGUCCCACAAACUCUGAUCAGACACACGUUUCAACCAAAGUUAAAGGAACAGUUGGUUAUUUGGACCCUGAGUACAUGAAGACAUACCAACUCACUCCCAAGAGUGAUGUUUACUCAUUUGGAAUUUUGCUUAUAGAAAUUGUGACAGGCCGCCGUCCAGUGGAGUUGAAGAAACCAGUUGAAGAGCGGAUUACAUUACGAUGGGCGUUCAGGAGGUUUGAUGAAGGAAAUGUGCUCGCAUUGCUGGAUCCUGCAAUGAAGGAAAGUGUAAAUACAGAGGUUGUCAUGAAGAUGAUCGAGUUGGCAAUUCAAUGUGCAGCACCAGUUCGAGCAGAUCGACCUGGCAUGAAAUCAGUGGUCCAGCAAUUAUGGACCAUAAGAGCAGAAUACCUCAAGGGUUCAAGGAGAGCAUAGCCUCUGAAGUUAAUUGGAGAUUGAUACUGUGAAAAAGUUAGAUGCUGUUUACUUCUUUUCUUUUCUUCUUUGCUUUUUUGUUUCAACCUGUGAACUGAACAACUUGUCCUCUUUGUGCUGUGAAGUGAAGU